AUACCCCUGUCACACGGGCAGCGUUAACCGCGGUUAAGCUAACUACGGUUACGGUUAACCACGGUUAGAGGUAGCUACACGGCAGACGUAACCGUAGUUAGUCUCUUAACCAUGGUUAUCGCAAACCGAGCUAGGCAACCUCGGUUUAUGCUCGCAAACCGCAAACCGAGUAGUAGGCAAGAUGGCGGACAUCCCUGCAGCGGCGUGUGAGUCGGCAUCGGCGACGAUGAAACGUCAAAGGCGUACCAGCUGGCCAGACGCGACAACACGAGCGCUGAUACGCUUAUGGGAGGACAAUCUGGCAGCACUGCGCUCAAACAUGCGCAAUGCGCGAAUUUACGCUAGAAUUCUCCAGGAGCUGAAUGCCGGACUGCCACAUGGCGAAGGACCCUACAACGCCAAACAGCUGAGGCUGAAAAUGGAUAAUCUAGGCAAGCGCUAUCGCAAGGAGCGACUUCUUUGUACGCGGACAGGGUCCAGCACUUCAAAGUGGCCAUACUACGGGCUGCUCCACAAUUUUCUGGGCUCUCUGCCCAUGAAUGAUGAUCUCCUGGUGGAGGAAAACGUUGAGAUUCCAGAGGUUACAGAGCCGCCUGAAGGCGCGGAAUUGCUUGCCUCAUGGGAGGACCAUGGAAACGAGGAGAAUGUGGUGCCCGACGACAACGCUGCGACAACGAAUGAAACCCCAGAGGAGACAUCCUUGCCGUGCACAGACACAUCAGGGGACGCUAGCAAAUCUAGCGCUCCUCAUGAUGACAGUGGUGGCACAAGAAAAGCACGCAAGCGGCCACUAACCACUGCUCAACUGCUCCUUGAAAGCCACAAAGAGGAGAUAGAUCACAUAAAAAAAUCAGAAAAAAAGAGGCAGAAGCUAAUGAAAAAGCUUGUGAAGCUGCAAGGCGAAGCUAACGACAUAAAUGCGAGCAUGUGUCGCAUGAUGGAAAGGUACUUUGAGUCAAAGGACACUGAAAAAUAAAUUUUGUUUUGUAGUAA